AUGGGGUUGCAAUAUGCCCAACACAAAGUGAUCGCAACGUUCCUUCGCGGUCUCGUUCGGCCCAGACUGCAUCUCAAUCCAAAACCAGAUGAGGUCGUCCACAUACCUUUGCGAGAUGCCGGUCAAACUAUCAAAUGCCACCUCUACAAACCGACCACGGAGAACCAGCAGCCCACCCCGGUCCUGAUGAACUUCUGCGGUAGUGGAUUCGUGCUUCCCACGUUCGGCAACGACGAUGAGUACUGUCGCUACGUUGCCGACCGGACCAAUUACACAGUAAUUGAUGUGGAUUAUCGUCUCGCCCCAGAACAUCCCUUCCCGGCAGCCUUUCAGGAUGGCGAAGAUGUCGUAAAAUGGGUACGGUCGCAACCAGAACGAUUUGACAUUGAUUGCCUUGCGCUUUCGGGUUUCAGCGCCGGAGCCAACAUUGCCCUAGCACUGUCCUCGUCAUCCGCAAUUUUCUCCCAGCAACAGGACAGUGAAAAGCGAGACGUGUUUCGGGCCGUCUUGUCCUUUUACGGUCCUACUGACAUGGCCUUGGAGACCCCAAUGAAGCCUAUCGCAGACCCGUCAAACUGGAUCAUGCGGAAAAUCUUCCCGGGAUUCUCACGCUUAUGCCACAAAUGCCUGAACCCCGGUGUAGUCAACCCGGAAGACCCCCGAAUGUCACCUCUAUUUGCCGACCCACACAACUUCCCCGAGAACGUCUUGAUCAUCACCGCUGCUCAAUGCGCGUUUGCAAUCGAAGGAGAAAAGCUCGCAGAAAAGCUCGAAGCUGCAGGGAAAUACGUGAAGUGUCGCCGAAUGGAAGGGUGUGCGCACGGAUGGGACAAAGAGGCCAUCAGGGGCACAUCGCAGUGUGUGGCAAAGGAAGAGGCCUAUGCCAUGGCAGUAGAAAUUUUACAUAGAGAACACGCAGGAGAGGAGGCUCCCAGGCCGGAGUGA